AUGGAUGGGUCACUUGCGCAGACUGGUAAGAACCUCGUCAUGGAGUUAGAAGUCGUUAAGCUCGAGCAUCUGCCCGACACCUACACCGUUCACAUUUCCCUCUUCCGAGACGUGGAAAACGCCGCAUUUUUGCAUGAGCAGCUUUUGGCGCGCAACACAGACUUUGAAUACGCAUUUAUUGAUGCUUCCGUUGUUGUGUCGAGAUUACAGCUCCUUUCUGCCAUCUUCAAGGCUGCCAACGCGGCUGUCAAUGGAGCACUGCAAACCCCCAACAUCCAUUCUGAGACCGUGGCAUCUCUGAGCUCAUCCAAGAAUAUCGCGGAUGCCUAUCGCCGCUUCGGCAUCUCCCCCACCACAAAGGAUCUUCUCAUCGCCAAAAUCACAUUUCCUACGGAGGCAGAGCCACAGUCGGCAGCAUCUGAUUCAAUAGCUAAGCACCUACAUGAGAACGUCAAGGGCAGAAGCAUGCCAGUUACCGACGAAAACAUUGCGGCCUGCACGGACAUGGCCAAGGUCCGAAAAUACUACAAGCUCAAUGGCAUCAGCUGGCUAGAAGCUCUGAAGAACACGCAAGCCAAGAGACAACAAAUAGAAAGCUUGGUUAUCGGGUCAAUGGCUUUACGAGGAGUGUAG